AUGCUCGACCCACGACACCGCGUGGCGCCUUACGAGAUGCGCGAGGUGCGUCCUGAGGGCGUCAUUUUACGUUUCGCCGGCCAGUUCCCGGCAGAGAAGCUGGUCGACGAGAACAAGAAGCCGGUGCUCAUCGAUGGCAGCGACUUGCUCGUCUUCGCUGAGGGCAUGGAGUUCCACAACGUCGCCGAACGCACCAUCACGCUCCCCACUCCCGGCGUGAACGUAAACGCCAUUGAGUUCGACGUCGUCAACUACCGCACCGUAUACGCGUCUGCGGCUGAGGCGGCGGCCGCCUCGCACACGACCUACCGUGUGGUAAGUAGGCAGCGCCUGGAAAUGAACGCAGACGUCAAAAAGGCGAUCGCGGAAGACGUGAAGAAAUGUCGGUUGCGCGUCCGGGUGGCCUUGGACGUACACGGGUUGGUCUCGGUCGGGGGCGUGUUCGAACACGAAGUUGUGACGGAGGAAGAGUUUGUGGAGCGGUUCCCGAAAAAGGAUGAGAAGGGCGACAUUGUGGAGGGCGAGUUCGAGGAAGUCAAGUCGAAGCGGCCGAAGGUCAUCGUACGGAAGCACGUAGUCCUGGCCGCAGCCGUUCCCGGAGUGGGAUUCGCUCGCGCAGACGAGAAGAGCAAGCUGUUGCAGCGCGAGGUGGAGGAGUGCAAGCGCGACCAUGAAACUCAGGCAGCACGUGCAAUGCGUAAUGACAUCCUUUCCAUGUCCUUCCAGAUGCGCAACGCGCUCCAAUGCGAUUCCAAGUACUUCCCUUUCGUCACCGAUGCCGACCGCACAGUCAUCCAAACCGAGUCAGACCUCUGCGAACAGUUCGCUGAAGAUAACGACGGACUCUCCGUCGCCGAGUACCAACCUUAUGUAGACCGCCUCAACAAGGUCUGGACCCCCGUCGAAACACGCUACCAGGAAUGGUUUCGAAAAGAAGAGGAGGCCCGCAAGCAAGAGGAAGAGGCUCGCCGCCAUGCUGAAGAAGCUGCGCGAGUGGCUGAAGUUGAGCGUAAAAAAGCUGAGCAAGCGGCUCUUCAGGCUGCUGCUCAGGAUCACCCGGCCGAUGGCAUAACCGCGCAAGACCUACCCAUGGACGACGGCAGAGACAACGUCACCAUCACCCCGGACAUGAAAACCGAAAACCAAGGCUGA